AUGGCGUCAGGGAGUCGAUCGGAUGUGGCUUUGGAAGAUCAAUAUGAUCAGUUGAAUUUAGAAGAAGAUGAGGAGGGGAUUCUGAUAACAGGGGAUGAUGAGGAAGAGGAGAUACUCUUUGAUGAUAGAUGGUGCUUGGUGGGUAAGUUUUUAACGGGACGAACGAUGGACUUUGAUGCUAUGAGACAUAUGAUGGCAUCACUUUGGCAACCCGGCAAAGGUGUGUUUGUUAAAGAAUUGGAUACUAAUCGAUAUAUAUUCCAAUUCUACCAUGAACUGGAUAUCCAAGCGGUGAUAGACGGGAGUCCUUGGACUUUUAAUAGAGUCCCUCUUGUAUUUCAUCGAUUACAGCAAGGUGAAGAACCACGAAGUGUGCGCCUUCAUAAGCUUGAUAUGUGGGUGCAGAUACAUGAUUUACGGUCUGGUUUUAUGAUGGAUAAGGUGGUCCGUAGUGCAGGGGCGUAUGUUGGUACAUAUGUUAAAUCGGAUCCGAAAAACUUUAGCGGUAUUUGGAGAGACUAUCUCCGAGUUCGGGCUACGAUCGGCAUUGAGAAACCGUUAAAAAGGCGUAUGAAGCUGAGUAAGGAAUCGAGUGAAUGGCUAUGGGCUAAUUUCAAGUAUGAACACCUUCCAACCUUUUGUUUUGUUUGUGGAAUCAUUGGGCAUGCCGAGCGUCUGUGUCCGAAACGAUUUGAGCAACCAAUUGCUGAAACUGCAAAGCCUUAUGGGAUCGGUCUAAGAGCAGUGAUGAAGAAGAAAAAUUAUUUAAUUGGAGCUCAAUGGCUUCGUACUGGAAGGGAGGAGGAGACGGCAAUGGAGGGUGGUGCAAUCGGUCAGACCAGCUCCGGUGGACAGGGAGUUAAUGCGUCGAAGAUCAUGGAGGUUGAUGGAGAUGUUUCUGGCGUGAAUGGCUCUGUUAGUAUCCCUGUAAAUGAGAGUCAAUCCAUUAAUGCUAAGAUUUCAAUGGAAAGUGUGCAAGCUGGUGGUGAUCAAAUAAAUAAGGAAAGUCCUUAUAUGCAUGCUACUGAUUGUUUAUUGGAUACGAAAAAAAGGAGGAUGGAAGAUAUUAUGGGAAAGAGGAUAGGCGUGGAUGAUAUGGCUGACGUGGAGAAGAUUGAUGAUGGUUUGGCUGGGCCAAAAAAUGUGAAACAGGUGGGCCUUGGUUUCCAAGCCCACCAGACAUUAUGA